AUGUACAGCAAGGGUCUAGCAAACGGUACAUACAGCAAGGGUCUAGCAAACGGUACAUACAGCAAGGGUCUAGCAAACGGUACGUGCAGCAAGGGUCUAGCAAACGGUACGUGCAGCAAGGGUCUAGCAAAUGGUAUGUGCAGCAAGGGUCUAGCAAACGGUACGUGCAGCAAGGGUCUAGCAAACGGUAUGUGCAGCAAGGGUCUAGCAAACAGUAUGUGCAGCAAGGGUCCAGCAAACGGUAUGUGCAGCAAGGGUCCAGCAAAUGGCAUGUGCAGCGAGGGUCCAGCAAACGGUAUGUGCAGCAAGGGUCCAGCAAACGGUAUGUUCAGCAAGGGUCUAGAAAACGGUAUGUGCAGCAAGGGUCUAGCAAACGGUAUGUGCAGCAAGGGUCCAGCAAACGGUAUGUACAGCAAGGGUCUAGCAAACGGUACGUACAGCAAGGGUCUAGCAAACGGUACGUGCAGCAAGGGUCUAGCAAACGGUACGUACAGCAAGGGUCCAGCAAACGGUAUGUGCAGCAAGGGUCCAGCAAACGGUACGUGCAGCAAGGGUCUAGCAAACGGUACGUACAGCAAGGGUCCAGCAAACGGUAUGUGCAGCAAGGGUCCAGCAAACGGUAUGUUCAGCAAGGGUCUAGAAAACGGUAUGUUCAGCAAGGGUCUAGAAAACGGUAUGUGCAGCAAGGGUCUAGCAAACGGUAUGUGCAGCAAGGGUCCAGCAAACGGUAUGUACAGCAAGGGUCCAGCAAACGGUAUGUACAGCAAGGGUCUAGCAAAUGGUAUGUGCAGCAAGGGUCUAGCAAACGGUAUGUGCAGCAAGGGUCCAGCAAACGGUAUGUGCAGCAAGGGUCCAGCAAACGGUACCUGCAGCAAGGGUCCAGCAAACGAUAUGUACAGCAAGGGUCCAGCAAACGGUAUGUACAGCAAGGGUCUAGCAAAUGGUAUGUGCAGCAAGGGUCUAGCAAACGGUACGUGCAGCAAGGGUCCAGCAAACGGUAUGUGCAGCAAGGGUCUAGCAAAUGGUAUGUGCAGCAAGGGUCCAGCAAACGGUAUGUGCAGCAAAGGUCCAACAAACGGUAUGUGCAGCAAGGGUCCAGCAAACGGUACGUACAGCAAGGGUCCAGCAAACGGUAUGUGCAGCAAGGGUCCAGCAAACGGUAUGUUCAGCAAGGGUCUAGAAAACGGUAUGUGCAGCAAGGGUCUAGCAAACGGUAUGUGCAGCAAGGGUCCAGCAAACGGUAUGUACAGCAAGGGUCUAGCAAACGGUACGUACAGCAAGGGUCUAGCAAACGGUACGUGCAGCAAGGGUCUAGCAAACGGUAUGUUCAGCAAGGGUCUAGAAAACGGUAUGUGCAGCAAGGGUCUAGAAAACGGUAUGUGCAGCAAGGGUCCAGCAAACGGUAUGUACAGCAAGGGUCUAGCAAACGGUACGUACAGCAAGGGUCCAGCAAACGGUAUGUGCAGCAAGGGUCCAGCAAACGGUAUGUUCAGCAAGGGUCUAGAAAACGGUAUGUUCAGCAAGGGUCUAGCAAACGGUAUGUGCAGCAAGGGUCCAGCAAACGGUAUGUACAGCAAGGGUCCAGCAAACGGUAUGUACAGCAAGGGUCCAGCAAACGGUAUGUACAGCAAGGGUCUAGCAAAUGGUAUGUGCAGCAAGGGUCUAGCAAACGGUAUGUGCAGCAAGGGUCCAGCAAACGGUAUGUGCAGCAAGGGUCCAGCAAACGGUACCUGCAGCAAGGGUCCAGCAAACGAUAUGUACAGCAAGGGUCCAGCAAACGGUAUGUACAGCAAGGGUCUAGCAAAUGGUAUGUGCAGCAAGGGUCUAGCAAACGGUACGUGCAGCAAGGGUCCAGCAAACGGUAUGUGCAGCAAGGGUCUAGCAAAUGGUAUGUGCAGCAAGGGUCCAGCAAACGGUAUGUGCAGCAAAGGUCCAACAAACGGUAUGUGCAGCAAGGGUCCAGCAAACGGUAUGUGCAGCAAGGGUCCAGCAAACGGUAUGUGCAGCAAGGGUCCAGCAAACGGUAUGUGCAGCAAGGGUCCAGCAAACGGUAUGUGCAGCAAGGGUCCAGCAAACGGUAUGUGCAGCAAGGGUCUAGGAAACGGUAUGUGCAGCAAGGGUCUAGGAAACGGUAUGUGCUCCUAG